ACUUCAUCCUGUUUUCAUGAUAUUGUGAUUUCCUACUACCAAGUGCGACGUGUCUUGACACGGCUUGAACGGUUCAACACAUCCUCCGAAAUGCACUUCACCUGAGAGGUCCGGUGACGGCCCGCCGCGGAAUUCGUCGCGUCGGUGGAGGUUGACUGAACUGAUCGACAGUUCGCCACCGCACCAACAUCCGCCAUGGACCCCGCUCUAGUCGACCUCGACGUCUACCUCGCCGACCCGACCUCUGCUGCCGCCAAGGCGGAGGCGGAACGCGCGGCCGAGUCGCUGAUCCUCACCGGCGCGCUUGUAGUCCGGGACUCACGCGCUCCAAAGGAGGCGAACGACCGCUUCCUCGACCUCUUCGAGGACUACUUCGCGCAGCCCGACGACGUCCUGCGCGUCGACGAACGCCCCGAGCUCGGAUAUCAGGUCGGCGUGACCCUCGAGAACACGGAGAAGCCCAAGUGCGGACGCGACGACGAGUGUCAGGCGGUCAUUGCCGCGCUCGACCCCGCCGAGCGGCCUCUCGACCUCAGCGGGCACUCCGCCGACCCGAAGUGCCGUUUCUUCCACCGCAUGACGGAGAAGCCGCCGUACGAGUCCAAGUUUCCCUACUCGACCGCGCCUAAUGUCGUGCCCGCCGCUAUGGAGGGGUGGGAGACGCGCGUCGACGAGUGGGGCUCGCACAUUAAGCAAGCGGUCGAGGGCGUCGCGCGCAUGGUUGCAGCGGGAUUGGGGCUGGAAGAGCGCAUCUUCCUCGACGCGGGACGGUACGGCUCCCAUCUCCUCGCCCCUACAGCCACCGACCUCGACAAGUAUGGCGAACUCAACUCGAUCUACGCCGGCUUCCACACCGACCUCAACUUCCUCACUAUCCACGGCCAGUCGCGAUACCCCGGAUUGAACAUCUGGGCGCGGAAUACUGGCAAGCGCAUCCCCGCCAAGGUGCCCGAGGGAUGCUUGCUAGUGCAGGCGGGCAAGCAGCUCGAAUGGCUCAGCGGCGGUCUCAUCAAGGCUGGGUUCCACGAGGUCAUCUGCAACGAGGCGACGCUAGCGGCCCUUGAGCGCCGCAAGGCAUCCCACCCCGACCGCCCGCGUAUUCGCAUCUCGUCGACUUUCUUCUGGCACCUCACACCCGACUUUCACCUGGAGCCCAUGCCCGAGCUCAAGGCGCGCGCCGAGAAACGCUUUGGUUCGCAGAAGGAUUACGGCGCCAUGCUCGUCGGCGACCAAGUCCGCCAGGAGCUGGGCCUAAUUGCGCUCAUGUCGUAAACCCUCGAGCCGAGGAAGGUUGGCUCUUUCCGUUGCUCGCGACCAAUAC